AUGUUACUAUUUCAAGUGCAUAUACUACACAAAAACCGUUUCUUAUUUUUCACUCUCUUUUUUCUGUUUCUCUCUCUUUUUGCUCUCACGUCACUCUCUCUCUCUCUCAUUUUGCUCUUCCGUCACUCACUCUCUCUCUCUCUCUCAUAUUUUGGUCUUCCGUCACUCACUCUCUCUCUCUCAUUUUGGUCUUCCGUCACUCUCUCAUUUUGGUCUUCCGUCACUCUCUCAUUUUGGUCUUCCGUCACUCUCUCAUUUUGGUCUUCCGUCACUCUCUCAUUUUGGUCUUCCGUCACUCUCUCAUUUUGGUCUUCCGUCACUCUCUCAUUUUGGUCUUCCGUCACUCUCUCAUUUUGCUCACUCUCUCAUUUUGCUCACUCUCUCAUUUUGCUCACUCUCUCAUUUUGCUCACUCUCUCAUUUUGCUCACUCUCUCAUUUUGCUCACUCUCUCAUUUUGCUCACUCUCUCAUUUUGCUCACUCUCUCAUUUUGCUCUCUCUCUCGUCACUCUUUCUCUCUCUCGUCACUCUUUCUCUCUCUCGUCACUCUUUCUCUCUCUCGUCACUCUUUCUCUCUCUCGUAACUCUUUCUCUCUCUCGUCACUCUUUCUCUCUCUCGUCACUCUUUCUCUCUCUCGUCACUCUUUCUCUCUCUCGUCACUCUUUCUCUCUCUCGUCACUCUUUCUCUCUCUCGUCACUCUUUCUCUCUCUCAUUUUAGCAAUCCCUUUGGCUCUCUCUCCACACUCUCCCUCCCAGCUUACUCUAAUUCUUCACCAUUCCCUCUCUCUAUUUUUAUGCUUUCUCUUUAUCUCUUACUUUCUCUAAUUCUUCAUCUUUUUUCUCUUUCGUUUUCCUUCUAUUUUGCUUUCUCUCUGUCAGCCUACACUAAUUCUUCAUCAUUUUCUCUUUCUCCCUACUUUUCUGUUUUCCAUCUAUUUUUGCUUCCUCUCUCUUUCUCUCUCUUCUAUAUUUUUCUCUCAACUUUUCAGGAGUCUAUCCAGUCCCUGGAUUCCUUAAAUGACCAGAUUGUCCAGUAUAUCUUUACACCCAAAGAUGUCACACUGGAUCUUGACAGAGAACUCUCCUCUCAUGAACAGGAGACUCUCCGAUCCUCGAUGCUUCUCAUCCGACGACUGUUGAUGGAUGCCCAGGGCAAAUUUCGAAAAAUGGUUGAGGACAAUAAACAGCUUGCAGCCCGAAUAGAUGGUUCAAUCCAUGCAGCCAACCAGGAGGUAAAUGCUUUACGAGCUGAGCUGGCGGACACCAACAAAAGGCUUACCCAAAUUAGUAGUGGAUCCUCAAAACCCAAUGAUAACCUUCUACCACUGGCAUUCCAAGGAAAUGACUUUGGACUGUCCUCUCUUCAAUUCAUUCAAAAUCAUGAAAGUUCAUUUCUUUUAUCUAUCUUUACAAGUUCUUGCUUUGUAUUUAGCUCUCAUAUAUCUUGA